AUGGGUCGUGCGACUUCAACUGAAUGCUUGCAUAACUUUUGCAAGUGUGUUUAUUAUUUAUAUAACAUUGAGUACUUAAGAAGGCCGACAGCUCAAGAUGUUCAACGUUUGGUAAGUAAGCAUGAACAUAUUCAUAGUUUUUCUGGUAUGCUUGGUAGUAUUGAUUGUAUGCAUUGGGGUUGGAGAAACUAUCCGGUGGCUUGGCAAGGGCAGUACACACGAGGCGACAAAGGACAUCCCACGAUCAUGCUUGAAGCUGUAGCUUCGUAUGAUUUGUGGAUUUGGCAUGCUUUCUUUAGCCCUACAGGUUCGAACAACGACAUCAACGUCCUUAAUGAAUCAGAUUUGUUUGAUGAUUUACUCCAAGAUAGGGCCCCCGAAUUGCAAUAUACUAUUAAUGGCGAAGAGUUUACGAAGGGAUAUUAUCUAGCUGACGGUAUAUAUCCUGAAUGGGCCACACUAGUCAAGUCUUUUAAAUGCCCGAUGGACCCAAAGACUACAAAGUUCAAGCGCUACCAAAAAGCUGCAAGAAAGGAUGUCGAACGAGCUUUCGGGGUGCUUCAAGGUCGUUGGGCAAUCCUUAAACAAGAUGCCCGCCCGCAUUCGGUGAACAAGAUAAAACGUAUGAUGUAUGCUUGUGUCAUUCUACACAACAUGAUUGUUCAAGACAACGGUAAUGCAAUUUCCGACCUUGAGGAGGAUUAUUUGUCUGAUCCAACUAAUAUGCCAAGACGUACGUAG